AUGUCAUCCCCGUCAUCAUCCACGAUUCCACCCGCAGCGACGUCCGCCUUCUCGCACGCAGACGAAGCCAUUCUGACUCAUGUGCCCGAGCUGGACGAGCGCCUCAUUUCUUCCACCUCUGCCGGCGCCUCUUCCUCCUCGUCCUCCAGUCGGGCAGCCAUCAUCCGCGACCUCUACGAUGUACCCAGCACAGCCGACAAGCUGAGGCAAGGGGGCUUCAAGAGGGUGGCCCUACAAUUUUCUGACGAGGGGCUCCCGGACUCGGUGGCCGUUUUUUGGGCGUUGAAGCGCGAGCUAGAGGAGCAAAGGAAAGGGGAGGGAGAGGGUUUGCCGGAGAUGUACAUUCUGGCUGAUACAAGCUACGGAAACUGCUGCGUAGACGAAGUAGCCGCUGCGCACGUCUCAGCGGACGUGGUGGUGCACUAUGGUCAUGCAUGCCUCUCGCCCACUGCUCGAUUGCCAGUCAUCUACGUGUUCCCCAAGCUGCCCCUGAUACCUCCAGUUAGCGUGGCGGAAAUCGCGAAGGAGCUGUGUGGAAAGGCGAGGGAGGAGCUUGAGGGAAUGGGUGACGAGGCCAAGGAUAGGACAGUCCGGCUCGUAUACGACGUGGGUUAUGCGCAUGUUGCUGGGGACAUAUUCAGAAGGAUGACGGAUAUAUGGCAGGAAAUUGGGCCGGGGAGCAGUAGCAGCAACGCAUCGCCACCUCUAGUCAUGACACACCUCGAUACACGGACAAACUUCGAGGACAAGCUGCAACAGCGAGAUGGCGAGGGCGAGAAGCAGAGUGGGCCGACAGACCUGAACGGCGCAGUGGGAUGCUGCGGUAGCAUUUCAGAGCCCUGUAAUCGGAUGGAUGCGGCUACGAGCUGCACAGGCAAUGGCAACCUCAAUGGCCGCGGACCCGUGGACUCCGAUUCCACCGGCCUCGAGGACCAGCCUCCCUCAAGCGACGCCCUCCUCCUCUACCUUGGCGGCGAGUCCCUCGCUCUGACGAAUCUUAUCCUGCGCUCCGGCCCUUCUCUUCCCAUCCUCGCAAUAGACCCUUCCACCUCCUCACCAAGCGCAGUUCGCGUCAACACGCGAUCCACAAAUCGUCUCCUCGCCCGCCGAUACCUCGCUCUCUCUAAGGCGCGUGACGCAAGCGUCGUUGCCCUACUCGUCGGCACGCUAGGCGUCAAAUCCUAUCUACCACUGCUCAAGUCGCUUCGCUCCCUGCUCACAUCCAAACGUCGCAAAGUGUACACCAUCUCAGUCGGCAAGCUCAACCCGGCCAAAUUGGCCAACUUUCAGGAAGUCGACGUCUUCGUGCUUCUCGCCUGCCACGAGAAUGCAUUGCUGGACGCAGCGGGCGCGGACGGUGGUGGUGUCAGGCAGACACAUAGCUCGCGGGACUUUUUGAGACCAAUUGUCACGCCGUGGGAGAUGUUGCUCGCCUUGCGAGGGGAGGAGGCUGGUGCCACUGAAUGGGCGAAAGGGGAGUACGUGUUGGGUAUGGACAGGGUCAGGGGUGAGGUCGGGAGGGAGCAGGAGAGGAGAGCGAGGAGAGGGGUUGCGAAGGAACAGGAUGCUGGUGAAGACGAGGGCAGCGACGACGACGAAGCACCGCAUUUCUCCCUUGCUACGGGCAAGUACGUCUCACGACGCCGCUUCGGUCGCCCUGAUGAGGAGGAUCAGCAGCCUGAGCAGCUCGACGGUGUCGAUGCAGGAACAGGGACAGUCACCAUCCGAUCUGGAGCGAAUGGUCAGCUCACUCGCGUGCUGGAGUCGGCGAAUGCGGCGCAUGUGGGCGGAAGGAGUUGGAAAGGGUUGGAGCAGCGUCUGGGCAUGGAUGAGCCGAGUGUCAUGGAGGAGGGGAGGGGUGGUGUGGCGAGGGGAUACGUUGGGGAAGAGGGAGUGACGCGCGAAUAG